AUGGUUCAAUCCAUCACAGUCAUUUACGCCAAAUAUUUCCACAACUACACGCUUGAAGGAGCUCAUCACAUUCCCAAGGAUGGAUCAGCCAUGUUUGUUUCACUUCAUUCUACUCAUAACACAGACAUACCCAUCGCAGCUCUUGUUCCCCAGCGUUAUACUGGACGACCAAUCCGAUGCUUGCUCCACUCGUGGAGCUGGUGGUAUCAGAGCAUCUUUAUUCGACUUGGAGGAAUAGCCGGAACAAGGAAGUCAGUGCGGCAGAUUUUUGACUCGAAUCUUCUUGCUGCAUGCAUACCCGGCGGUGUCGAGGAAGCUUUCCUCCACGUCGCAAGCAACGGAAAGCAUGCUUACGAACUCAACUGGACCUCGUUCAGUGGAAAUCCUCGCAGGGGGUUUGCGUCGUUAGCACUGGAGAUGGGUCCCGGCUUCAAGAUCAUCCCUUGCUUCAACCAGAACUCGGAAGAGAUGCGAUGGAAUCCGUUCUAUGAGAUCUGGAGCUUCCUCGGGCUGGACUACGCGUACGGUCGUGCCAUCAGGAGACUUCCCAAGGGGCUGCGAAACUUCUUGUGGAGCAGUGCGCUGGUUGUUUGGGUCACGUUGGGCAUUUUCGCUAUCCCCAUUCCUGUCAAGGUGACCGGGCACGUUGCCGAGCCCGUCGUGGUGGAGGAGGGGGACACGGUGGAAUCCCUUGCGAUCCGUGUGAAGGAAAGGUUCGAAGAUCUCAUCAUCUCCAAGCAGGGGAGGCGUCAUAGGAGUUACUGGCAAGGAUUGAAAGAACGUUUUGCGUUCAAGACAGUCAAGUCAGAUUAG